CAGCUGUGACUCUGUGCUUUUCCGCUGUUUGCCCAGCCAAGUGCGGCAGACGCAGACGUCUCUCAACGUUUCGCUGCACCUUCUAAAUGGGCUUUCCGUAGUUUUCGCACCUUGCGAAACACAUUUCUGCGAUCCAUGUGAAAAUCGACAUUUACUAUCAGCUUAAUUGCUCUGGAUAACUUAUUGGAUAUCAUCCUGAUUUUGGAUUAUAAAUACUAAUACGACAUGUUGAGCAUUGAAAAUGCAAUGAUUGCCUUUCUUCUGGCGACGACACUUUGCUGUGGAUCCGGACUCGCGCAGGCCCAGUUGCUCGACGAGGACGACGACCUGGCCUUCGGCAGACCAUGGCCCACCUACAGUCUGCAGAACAUGCCGAAGACGCAGUUCACCUGCCACGACAAGAUCCUCGGAGGCUACUACGCCGAUCCUGAGACGCAGUGCCAGAUGUUCCACGUCUGCGUCAAGCUGCCCGGAGUGGGGCUCCUUCAUCGAAGAGCUAAUCCGUUUGUCCCGCAGGUGCAGGACUACCGCUUCCUCUGUCCCAACACGACGGCCUUCGACCAGGAGCUGCAGAUCUGCGCCAACUGGCUGGACGUCGACUGCGACAAGGCCACUUCGUUCUACGACAACGGAAACCUAAACGAUCUGUAUCGCGGCGGGUAUGACAGCAAAUCCGCCCACGAGGAGGAGGCCACCUUCCACCUUCAACGCGCCGAAUCGGGUGAUGUACGCCGCUCUAAGGAGAACCACAACCACAACAAUAACAUCAACAAUAACAAUAACAAUCGCGGCGGGGAGCAGAAGCCACGAACUCGUCACAAUUACGCGCAGACAGGUGGCAGCUCCAUCUCCAGUUCCAGUUCCAGCUCGAGUCCCAAUUUGGAGAUCACGCAACCCACCAAGCGACCCAUUUCCACCUAUUACACGCCGACCACUUCGACCAGCACCACCACAACAUCGACCACAUCCACGACGGAACGCAGCUAUUACAGCAACAAUUACAGCAACAAUGACGACUCGAAGCAAGACAUAGAUGAUAUCUUCAAGGGUUCCCACAGCUCGCACUUCUUCUCCAAUCGCCACGGGGGUCGGGAAUACGACGAGGAGCCCGCACGGCCCAAGCCCAAUGACUUUUCGGAUUACCAGCGCAAGACCACAAGGGUCACGCCCACCAGAGGAGCAGGAGGAGCUGGUCAGCGAUCCACUUCCGGUCCGAGUAGUCCCAUUACACCCAGCACUGCUGCUCCCAGCACCAGCACCACCAAGUCCCUCAAGAAGAUCACCCUGCAUGCCACCUUCAACACGGACUUCCUGGCCAGCUCGCCGCACACCAAGAGUCCCUCCUACAGCGCAGUGACCACUCCACGUCCCAGCAGCAGCAUCACCAGUCGGUUUAGCUUCGGCUCCAGUGACUUCCCCACCCAGGAGAGGAUUCAGCCCACCACCUACAACCCCAACAGUGGAGCCUAUCGCUUCAAGACCACCUCGCCACCAGCCAGUUCCACCAAGGUGACGGGCAAGGGAGUCCAAGAUUUCGAGAAGCGCAGCAAACCCACAACGGCGGCGGUGAGGAAACAGAAGCUGGGUCCCCAGGAAUCGAACUACAUCAAUCAGAACGAGUUUGUGGAUCUGACAAAGGCACAUAAACCCCAGCAGCCGCAACCCUUCCAGGUGCAGGGGCAGGUGCAGAAUAAGCCCAACCAACUGGAACCGCACUACCAGCGACACAAGCCGCAGGUGACCCGAGUGGGUGGCCAGGAGCCAGCUCCCUUCUCAGCGCCCAGCUCGAAGCCGCGAUCCUUCACCAGCCGGGGCAGCAUCACCUACAAGGCCACCACCGAGCGUUAUGUGGACCAGGAGCUGUACUAUCCCACCACCAGUGGCACGACGGCAACGAGCAGGUUGAGGGAGGCCUACACACCCACCACCUUCCGACCCACCACCUACAAGAAGCCCUAUGAGCAGCCCAGCUAUCAGACGCAGCUGACCCACCGACCCACCCAGCCGGUAGCCACCAAGAAGGCAGCCACCUCGGCACCGCCAACCACUUCAGCCAAUCCGCAAUCCACCGUGGACGAGGACGAUGGGCAGUACCACCCGGAGCUGUACGAGAACGAUUUCCCGCGCAAUCGCAUCCGUUUCCUGCGCAACCGAGCCACCAGUUCGACCACCUCGACCACAAGUGCGCCGGUGGUGUCCAGCCGGCAGCCACAUGGCUUCCAGCAGGCCCACAGUCACCUGAAGAGCCAGCAGCAGUCCAUCUACCAGAAGGAGAGGGAAAGGGAGAGGGAAUCCGAUCUCAGCGACGAGGAGGAGCUCUUCAAGACCGCCCAGUCGCUGAACUUUGGGGCGGCCAGCAUCAACAAAUUAAGGGCGGAUAUCUACAAGGCGGAGAAGACCUCGCAGCAGUACAACUCGCAGUACAGUCCGCAGCUGGUGGCAUCUAGUCCGCAGGCCAGCAGCACCACUAGCUCCACCUCGACUAGCAGCACCACCACCACGACGACCACCAGACGACCAACGACCACAGCCAGAAGCACAACCACCAUUACCACCAGUGCACCCGUGGCGGCCAAGAAGUCGGUGAAGAGCAAAAAGGAGCAGCAGCAGCUGGAGAAGAAGGAUCGACCAGCGGGCAAGAGGCCUCCGCACGCUGACGAGGACACCAGCUACGAUUAUGCCUACUACGAUACGGACUGAGCGGCUAUCCUAACUAACUACUUGCAUUACCACCCGACAGAACCCCACAGCCCAGAACAUGCCCCCAAAAUAGGUGCCACAGUAUUUUAAAGACAGCUUCCGUACUCCCCAACCAUGCUCAUCAGAUUCCAAACA